AUGGCACAGAAUUUGGUUCCUUUCCUUAUUGUCCACCGGGAUCCCCACGGAGCGCCAGACUUCGUCUAUCCACCGGAGACGAACAUGGCUUCUUGUGUCAUAGCAUCCAUAAACGUCUGUCGAGGUAUGUUGCGUACUGCGAGGAUUCGGGCUGUUCUGGUGUCUCUCGUCCGAGAAUUCCAUCGAUCCCAACCGAGACCUUGGUACGAUGAUCCUCGGCAGGGAUUCAGAUCCCUAGAAGAUGUUACUUUGACUUUCAUCAACAGCAUACUCAUGGUCUUCCCCACUGUCUACAUUGAUGACUCCAUCGGUUCCCCGAGUUGCCUCGGCGCUCACCCUAGACGCGAAUGGAGAAAUUUCUUUCACCCUCGCGAACAGAGCAUUAUCUUGAAUGGACCCAGAGUUCGCGAUAUGGGUACGGCAGCGAUCCUCGCAGCCCGAACUGGGAACCCAAGCGACCAUGCAAAUAAACGUUUCCGAACCUUCAUCUUCAUGUUCGCCAACACCUUUUUUCAUGAGAUGGCCCAUAUGCUUGUGACUUUUCUCACCCAGGAUCUAACAUUGACUCCACCUAACAUCGGACCACGCAUUAGCGGAUACUCGAACGGAGGCAUCGGCGAGGCCGGCCGAUAUCUGGAGACAACCGUUUUCGGUGGUACACUGGAAUACUAUCGUGAUCACUCCGAUGAUGGCGGCCAGCCCGGCAUCCCUCAUAUCCUCACAGAAGGCGGUGUCCAACGAAUCUCGCAGCAUUCAAUUGAUGACAUCGUUAGCUACUAUUUCCAUUUUCCUUAUCAUCUCGAGGGUCCUCUAGUCGAUCGUGACUCCAUGGAAAGGAUAGGCGACCACUACCCCCCAGUGAAUCUCACGGAUCCAAUGAGAUGGAUCGUUAUGGACGAAUACCGAAGACAUUGUCAGAAAGUGGACGUCGGCCCCCAAUCUGCUCUCGCUCGGCUUCCGUUCCAACCGGGCCUUCGUGCCCAAGCUGCAUGA